CCCAAACCCCUUCAUAUAAAAUUCAGAAAAUGCCAAAUCCUAACUCUCAGCAUUGAAUUGAAGACUUUGAACUAGAGAGCGAGAGCGACAAUCUGCGAUUUGAUAGAGAGGGGAAUGGACGGGCCUCCGGUGAACGAUGAAUGCUCGAUAUGCCAGCAGAACUUCCAGAUUCCUUGUCAAGCCAAUUGCGGCCAUUGGUUCUGCGGUAGAUGUAUCUUACAAGUUUGGGAUUUCGGUCAUGCUCUUCGCCCCUGCAAAUGUCCGCUGUGUAGACGUGAGAUUACAUUGUUGGUUCCUAGUGAGGCACACCGCACGGCUGAUGGAGCUGAGAUUUUGCAGAGGAUAGAACAUUACAACCGUCAAUUUGGUGCACAUCCCAAUAGUCUCAUGCAGAGAAUGUAUGACCUUCCUUUUCUUCUUAGGAGAUUGACACGGGAUAUAAUGGAUCCUCAGAGAGCACUUCCACUUGUUGUGAGAGCACGUGUUUAUUUGGCAAUGAUUCUUAGUGCUAUGUAUGUCCUUAGCCCUGUCGACAUCAUCCCCGAAGCACUGCUAGGUAUCAUCGGUUUGCUGGAUGAUCUGAUUGUCGUUUUCAUGUGCUUCUUGUAUGUUGCUGCCCUUUACCGAACUGUUCUCGUUUCUCGGCAUGGAGGUGCUUGAGGAGGAAUCGGAUACCUCACGAAUACUGUACAAGAAAUAGGGAAGACAGCAGGCAAUCUGCAGAAGGAUGAACGCGGCCGCAAAUGAAGCUAGAUGCAUUGCUACAGUAGGUCUCCUCAUCGUCGUCUUCACUCUGCAGGUUGAUGUUGCUGAGGACUAUGUUGCUGCAGGGAAAUGCGUCGCUGCACGCGAAUUUCAUCGUGGUUCGCGUUGCAGAAGUCCCGGUUAUGUUCUUGUAGAAGAUUUCACUCACUUCCACAGCUGAAGCCUGGACACAUAUCAAGAAUUGUGAGACACAUUCUUAGACAUAGAUUCAUGCUUAUGCCGUUUGUGUGUGUGUGUGUGUGUGUUUAUUGCAACGUCUCUAUGACGGACCGAACAUGAGAAACCUGUGACUUCAUA